AUGGCCGCCGCACUGGACGAGGAAGACCUCUCCAUCCCUUUUCCCUCUGAUCGUACGCGUGAAAACACCAGCAGGCCGCCGCCUGCCAGUUCCAACCCUUCCGCCAUGGCCAUGCCGCCACCCUCGCGCCCGCCCGGCAAAGCCGAUGCCCCGACACAGUCACCGGCUACCAUGCGGGACAUGCAGCGCCUCGACCAGUACAAAACGAUCAAGAUCCUGGGCGAGGGAUCCUUCGGAAAAGUGAAAUUGGCGAUCCACCAACCAAGUGGACGUCAAGUCGCUCUGAAAAUCAUCUCUCGUCGCAAGCUGUUGUCCCGAGACAUGGUCGGUCGCGUGGAGCGGGAGAUUCAGUACCUGCAAUUGCUGCGGCACCCACACAUCAUCAAAUUAUACACGGUCAUCGCUACCAAAACCGAUAUUGUGAUGGUGCUGGAGUACGCCGAGCGGGAGCUGUUCGACUACCUCGUGCGAAAGGGAAAAUGCCACGACGAUGAGGCCCGAAAAUUCUUUCAGCAAAUUAUCUGCGCCGUGGAAUACUGCCACCGACACAAAAUUGUGCACCGCGACCUGAAGCCAGAGAACCUCCUGAUCGAUAGCGAGAAGAACGUCAAGAUUGCUGAUUUCGGACUAAGCAAUAUCAUGACGGAUGGCAAUUUCCUCAAGACAAGCUGCGGUAGUCCGAACUAUGCCGCCCCGGAGGUGAUCUCCGGCAAGCUCUACGCCGGUCCCGAGGUCGAUGUCUGGAGCUGCGGUGUGAUAUUGUACGUGCUAUUGGUGGGCCGGCUGCCAUUUGACGACGACUACAUUCCCGCCCUGUUCAAGAAGAUUGCCGCCGGCAACUUCCACCUGCCGGGGUAUGUCUCCUCUGGGGCUGCUCGGUUGAUCCGGGCGAUGCUUCAGGUUCACCCGGUUCACAGAAUCACGAUCCCCGACAUUCGGCAGGACCCGUGGUUUUGCAAAAACCUGCCCAAGUAUCUUGAGCCACCCACAGAAGAAUUCAUUGCGACGGGCGUAGAACCAUACAAGUCAAUUGAUGCUCCCAAACUUGCGCCGGGAAAGCCGCUGCCCGCCCAGCAGAAGAUUCAUCAGGUUGCCGUGUCAAAGCUCGAACGAAGCAUGGGAUACGGCAGGGAAGAUAUUGAAGAUGCUUUACGGCAUACAGAGCCCAGUGCAAUCAAAGAUGCUUUCUUCAUCAUCGUCGAGAAUGAAAUGAUGCAAACCAGCUCCCCGACGGAGGACAACUUGAUGGACCAAAAUGUUAAGCCCACUCCCCAAAAGAAGCAGCCUACAAGUCCUCCACCGGCAGACCGUGCUCAUGCGGCGUAUCAUGCGCAGGCGCGGGACGCCCCAGUUGUCACUCCGACUCGGACCCCAAGUGCUUCACGUCGUCCUCAGGAGUCCCCGCAGAAUGAUACCGAUGACUUUCGCAUCAGUCACGUCCGUAUCUUACCGACGAGCUUACCGUAUGUCCAUGAUCAACUCAUGGAGCACCGCGACCGGGAACAGCGAGCUCGCAAUAAAUUCCUCGAAGAGCAGCAACACGAGGCACGGUUCGAGGAGGACGGCCAAGGUGGCUACCGGGAGCGUUCGCCUGAGGAACAAGCUGCGACCGCUCGAGCUUUGAAGCCGCACGCUCGUAGCGUUAUUGACUUGGACACGUUGCGUUUGGAGCCACCAACGACACAUCCCGUACCUGGCCCACAGAAGAGAUCCCGCAAGUGGCAGUUCGGCAUCAGGUCGCGAAAUCAGCCCUACGAGGCGAUGCUGUACCUGUAUCGCGCAAUUGCUGCACAGGGUGGAGUCUGGGAUAUUCAGCCUAUUGAUUCUGGCUCGCAAAUAGGACCCGAUGCAAGCACCCCCUCGGACAGCCCCAAGUCCUUACAGAACAAGUAUCCCGACCUUCCCUCGGAUUAUUACAUCCCCAAGGAUCCAUGGUUCAUCCGCGCCCGUCUAUUGAAAGAAGGCAUCACAGCCCCCGGAGCCUCCACUAGUGUCUACAACAGCCGCAGCGACCUCGAGGAGUUGCGACGUCGUUUCAAUAUUGCAAGUAUUGCUUCCCCUACCGAAGGCCAAAGCCCAUCGUUGGGCAUGGAAAGCGGCAGUGGAUCCGGUCCUUCCUCGGCCUCACAGAAAGCCGGUCUCCCGCGGAUCUCGCAUGGAGUCUGGGUCUUUGUGGAUAUCCAGCUGUAUCAGCUAGAAGAAAACAACUACAUGGUCGAUUUCAAAUGCGAUGGCUACCAGAACGUCAUCCGCGCCGACAGCGAUUCCGAAUGGCAUCCCAUCAGCAAACGCCUCAAGAACAAGGAAAAGGAAGUCACCAGCCCUUACCCUUUCCUUGAUGUGGCAUCGGAUCUCGUGGCCCAGCUGGCUGUGGCCAGCUAG